GUGUAUUUACCUUUUUGCAAAGAUAUGCUACCAAAAUGUAUGCGUUUCGACAUAAUGAUACAAAAUUGCAUUUGGAUAGCCUCGUUAGCAAACUGUCUCUGUCUCUUAGUUUUCUCUGGGAGUAGUUAGUUUUUAACCUCAAACUGUUGGCAAGACACGAUUUAAAACAUUGGCUCUUUUCAAAAUUCGCGCUGUUUGUUCCGCUUGCAGAGAUUACUGGUUAGCUCUGUUAGCAUUUUAGCUUUACUACUAUAUUGUGGAUACCAAAAAGCCAGAAUCGUCUAAUAUAAGAAAGGUCAUUGACACACAUUUUUACAAUGCAAGUGACGGACAUCGGGAACAAAGAAGAUGGGAAAAUCUGGCAUAGAAAACCAACUUCGACAAAAGGGCCCAUGGUGACAGUGGUGCGCACUGCACAGCAGGGCAAGACUGUGCGCUUCCUCCAUGUUGCCUUUGACACGACAGGAGAGUCCUUUAUCGCUGGAGAUCACCAUGGAAAUAUCUAUGUGUUUGACAUUGGGAGAAACAGAUUUCGACUGGUGCAAAAGACUGGACAGGCCUGCACAGCUCUAGCAUUUACACUUCGUCGAACAUCAGAGUUCCUUGUAGCUUUAGCAGACUACACAGUCAAAUGUUUUGAUAAAGACACAAAACAGCUUGUUAGUUGGAUGCGUGGCCACGAUGGAGCAGUUUCGUCCAUUUCUGUUCACAGUUCAGGCAGAUAUGCAAUCACCACCUCCUUAGACACUGCCCAGCUUUGGGAUCUGGACACCUUCCAGAGAAAAAGGAAGCUCAAUGUUCAACAGUCUGUUGGCAUACAGAGGGUAUUUUUCCUUCCACAUAGUAACACAAUACUCAGCUGUUUCAGUGAUGACUCCAUCUUUGCUUGGGAAAGUGAUACUUUAUUCUGCAAAUACCAAUUGCCUGUUCCAGACUGUGGACCUCGAAUCUCAUACAAGGCUUUUGCUGUUACCCGAGAUGGUAAGAACCUUGUUUCAGCGGGGCGCUCCAACCUGCUGCAUCUUUGGUGUUUGGAAAUUAAACAGCUUAUCAAAGUGAUUCAAAUGCCUUCACAAGUCCGAACAAUCAGACAGCUUUUGUUCGUACCUGACACUUUUGACAAUGGAGCUAACCAGACUCUUGGUGUGCUCAGCCAGGAUGGUGUGAUGCGUUUCAUCAACAUCCACACAUGCAAACUUCUGUUUCAAUUUGGUUCGCUCGACAGUGGCCUAACUGCAGUGGAUGUUUGUCCCAAUGGUAGAAACAUUGUUGCUGUCAUGGAUAAUGGUGGCAUCAACAUCUAUAGUUUUCAGAGUCUGACAGAAGAAUUAAACCAGCCUCCUAAUUCUCAGGUUGUAGUGAUUAAAGACAAGGAAAUUAAUCAGGUUGUCCCAAAGGUUAAAGUCAAGUCAGGUGCAGUGCAUAAAGCAGCUCCAUCUUCAGGUAGACGGACACAAGCAAAGACCUUAAGACCUUCUGGUGCGUGUGAUGAUAAAGAGAAUGAAUUGCCUGCGGGUUUAAACAGGAAGCGAUUGGUGGCCCUGUUAAAGGCAUUCGGAGAAUAUCCUGCUAAAUAUAGAAUGUUUGUGUGGCGCUCUUUGCUAUUUCUGCCAGAAAACUAUGCAGCAUACGGCAGCUUAACUGACAAAGGUCUCCACACCGCAUACCUCUCUCUGCAUGAGAAAUAUCCCAUCAAAAGCCAGAAGCUACAGAGGGGACUGGAAAGAGUUUUGUCUGCCUUGGCUCACUGGGCAGCCAUCUUUGGAGAGGUGGAGUAUCUCCCUCUUGUGGCCUUUCCUUUUGUUAAGCUGUUUCAGAACAAUCCUUUGCUCUGCUUCGAGGUGGUUGCAACAGUCAUGGUGAACUGGUGCCAGCACUGGUUUGAAUAUUUCCCCAAUCCUCCUCUAAAUAUCUUGAGCAUGGUAGAAAAUGUUUUGGCCCAUCAUGACAAAGAACUCCUGCAGCAUUUGGUGGACUGUGGCAUCACUUCACAGAUGUAUGUUUGGCCCUUGCUUGAGACCCUGUUCUCUGAGGUCUUAACUCGAGAUGAGUGGCUUCGACUUUUUGACAACAUUUUCACCAAUCACCCAUCAUUCCUGCUUAUGACCUGUGUGGCUUAUAUCACAUGCAGUCGUGAGCCUCUUUUGCUGUGCUCUCAAAAACAAGACUUUGAGUAUUUCUUUCACCAUCGUAACAACCUGGACUUGGGAGCCAUGAUAAAGGAAACAUAUCGUUUGAUGAGCAACACCCCUGCGGACAUUCAUCCAAAGACACUGCUUUCUGACUUCACCCCUCUCACAAAAGGACAGUACCCAAUUUUUAAUCAAUACCCUGAAUUCAUAGUGGAAUACCAGAGUAGUGAAAGGGAGAAAAUACGGCUGCAGGAGAUGGAAUAUUUACGUGAAAGGCAGGAGUUGUCCACAAUGCAUGCAGAAUUUAUUCGUCGACAAGCUGAACAGGAGACCUACUAUGCACAACAGGAGCUACUGCAAAAAGCUGAAGAAGAGCGCAGAAACAUCCUUGCACAAGAAGAGGAAAAGUUAACUCGACAGAGAGAAAAGUUGGUGGCCAUGAAGAGGGAGCUGAAGGUGAAAGAGCUGCAGCUGCUUGAUGCUUCCAGAAGACGAUUUCUCAAACAUCAACAGGAAGUGAAGGCAUCUCAAAUAGAGAAAUUGGACCAAGAGAUCAGUAGAAAGAUGGAUCUACGGGAUCAAGAAACGGCAGUAGCCAUUCAGGAUCUGGAAGUGAAACAGAUGGAGCUUGAGGCUCAAAGAAACCGACUUGAAGAGGACUUGUUGAAAGAUCAGGAGGAAACUGAGAGAAGAGUUGCAGAUGAGGUGGAGAUGAGAUUGAGAAAAGCAGAACGAGAGAAUGAGAGCUUGGGACAGCAACUCCACAAACCAAACAAAAAUAUACAGGAUCAUGAGUCCUCCCUGACAGAGGCAUUGCAGCAGCAUUUGGAUUUGGGCUGGGAGCGCGAGAUGGUGGUGCAUUUGGAGCGGGUCGAGGCUGAGCAGGACAGAAACAGGGAGAGACUGACUGAGGUUUACUGGCAAACAGAGGCAGAGGAGAGCAGGCUGACCGACACUGUGAGAGAGGCCGCAGGAAAGACGUGGGAAGAAGUCAUGAAUGCCCGAGUCCAGUUCUCACAGCAGCAUAAACGCAUUUCUCCAGGAAAAACAGGUGGCCUACAACAAAGAUCAUCUCCUUCCUCUAAUGGACUCCCUCACACUUCAGAUGGUACUACGGAGGUCAACCUGCCAAGUACCAGUAGUGCUUGUAUGACCCAGCAACACAGAACUGCAGUUAUGCCCCGGCAACAAGGGACAACGAUGGUGUGUCUAAACAGCAGCUCCCCCACAGAGAGUACCUCCACCAACUUCUCUCUGGAUCGGGGUCGGGCCCAGCUGGAAGACGGAGAGAGAGAGCUGCUGAAGGAAAUCCGUGAAUUGAGGCAGAAACUGGCAGCUCGAGCAAAAGAAGGAAGUUCUAUGUCUUCUCAUUCUGUCCACGCACUGUCCUCCCCUGUCUCCCAAUGACUCAUGUGUGAUUAUUGUUUGUUUGUUUGUUUGGUAAACUAGAAAGGUCUGUUACAGCAUUUACCACUGUCAUAGUAAACAGGACUUUCAAUCAAUCAAUGUUUUAUAGAAUGUAGUUUCAAUUUUAUAUUGUUUAUACAAUUGUUUUAAAAUGAUGGAUUCACAUGAAUUGUUUUUUUGGUUUUUUUGAUAAAACGUUUAAUGGCA